CCUCAUUAGCCCAUACUCCCUGACACUAAACUAAACUAAAAUUUGAGCUUUAAACCUCGCUUCGUUUCUUCAUAUCAUCGGUGGCCCGAAACAAGAAGAUUCAGAUCGGAAUCAACGUACGUCCUUCUCGUGCUCGAGCAUUGAUGUCGUCAUACACUCCGCCACCACCAAAGGUAGUUGAUGGGUGGCAACCUGAAACUGAAGAUCAAUCUCAGGGCUUCAGUUCUUCCUCAGGCGGUGCAUCGUUUGGAAUAAUUAUGGGUGGUUUAAUAGUUUUGGUGAUUGUUCUUCUUGUAAUUGUUUGCCUCAUUUUUGGUAGAAAACAAAGACUCAGGGACAAACGGGGAAACCGUAAAGUUCAGCAGCAUCGGCCACAAGAACGGAUUCCUGCAGCAAAUGGAUCUUCUGUUGAAUUUGGGCAGCAUCGGCCACAAGAACGGAUUCCUGCAGCCAAUGGAUCUUCUGUUAAAUUUCGGCAGCAUCGGUCACAAGAACGGAUUCCUGCAGCAAAUGGAUCUUCUGUUCAGCAUCCACCACCCUCUGACCAUGCAAUGCCGAAAACAUUUACUUAUGAAGAACUAAAGGAGGCUGCAAAUAAUUUCUCCGAAGACAAAGUACUUGGUAGAGGUGGUUUUGGCAUUGUCCAUAAAGGAGUCCUUCGAGAUGGGAGAAUUGUUGCUAUAAAACAGCAAAUAGCUGAACGGCAACUGGGGGAGAGAGAAUUUCUGAAAGAGAUAGAAAUCAUUAGCGGUAUCCACCACAAACAUCUUGUACAUCUAGUUGGAUACUGCAUUUCGGAGACUGAGAGACUGCUUGUAUACGAGUUCGUUUCGAACAAAAGCCUGUCCUUUCAUUUACAUGAGAACGAUAAAGAAAAUUUGGACUGGAAAAAAAGAUUCAAUAUUGCGGUAGGCACAGCAAAAGGAUUAGUUCAUCUGCAUGAUGGCUCAGCUGGUAAGCCGAGGAUCGUGCAUCGUGAUAUCAAGUCAGCUAACAUUCUUUUGGAUGAAAAAUGGGAAGCCAAGGUGGCAGAUUUUGGACUUGCUAGGUCCAUUUUAGCUGAUAAAACUCAUAUCAGCACUAAAAUUGCUGGCACUUUUGGUUACAUGGAUCCAUAUUUUUUGACCCACGGGAUUAAGUUAAAUGAGAAGUCAGAUGUCUACUCCUUUGGAAUGCUGCUUCUGGAGUUGAUUACUGGAUGCCGACCUCUGAAUAAAAUUAAGCCUUCUGAUCCUGAUGGUGAAGAGUUGGCUGUCAAGGCAAACCCGAUGCUCAGAGAAGCUGUGAAAGACAACAACAUAAACGUUGUUUAUACCGAUCCAAAGACAGGGGAAUUCGACAAGAGUGAAAUGUUUCGGAUGGUUCAUUGUGCUGCUGCCUGUGUAUGUUAUCCAGCAACGGGUCGGCCGCAGAUGAGUCAGAUACUUGAAGCUCUGGAAGGAAAACUGGAUGUGAAGCGUCUGACAGAAAGAAUAAAAACAACUUUCACUGCAGAACGUAUCUCAUGGGACAAGAAUAAACUCUUGGAGAUGUUAAAAGCAAUCACAGAGGAGGAUCCAGCUAGCUCGAUCGGUUAAUGAAGGCCAGAAAAUAUCGUAUUUUGAACAUCAAUAAAAUGAUUUUACACUUUAAUUAAUCAUUUUCUUUCGCGAAUUUAUCAGACUUUUCUCUUGAUCUGCUUCAACCACAAACAUUUAUCGGUGUUCAUUUCUUCCUAAAUUUUGGAUUUGAAUUUGUUUGAUGCUAUUAUAUGACAUAAUGUAUAAAUCUGGAUUCGUUCCAUAUUGUGUAGCUGGAUUUGAAAUUGAUUGCCGGUAAUAAUUAAAUAUUAAAUGUUUUUUUUUUUUUUAA